AAAGGGUCUUUAUUAAAAUAAUUGAAAAUUGUAAAAGUUAUACUGCAAUAUCGUGACGGCUGUAAAUAAUUUUGUUACACUUAGAUCUGCUGACACAAACGUAUAUUUGAUAGGAAAAUGUGAAAAAAAUAUGCUUGGAAGCAAGUUACCGUCAAAACAAUAAGGGUUGAAAUGUUUUUUACUAUGUGCGGUGUGUAAAGAAAACAAUUAAGGAAAAUGCUAAAUUCGCUUCAAAGGAAAUAUUGCCUUUUUGGGAAAGAGCACGUAUUCCAACGUUAAACAAAAGAACAUGUGAUGAUAAAUUGGUGAAAUUAUAUGAUGAGUGGAGAGCAGUACAGAAAUCUUGUACAUCUUCGUUUCCUAGUUCUCGUAAAAAGAAAAUGAUUUCAAUGAUAAUUUGAACAAUUUAUUCGAUAUUGCACAUGCUGAUGCUUUAGAAAUGAUAGCUAUUCCUGAGGACCCAGACUUUUUAAUUAGACAAAGAGAGCCAGGUCGUGUUGGGAGCAUGAUUUCUAUAGAUAGAUGUCUCGCAAAUAAAGAAAAACGGAAGGCGCAAAGGUUAGAAGAAGAAAAUCGACGCAGAGCAAAGUAUCAAAGAUUGGAAAGCACCCAAGAGUUGAGUGUAGACUAUGAUGUAAGUGAUGAGAGUAAAUGUGAGUCUGAAAAAUCUGUAGAGCAGUUGAUGAUCGUAUCAAACACCAACGAGCUGAAAAAAAAACGUGGUAAAAAAAGCUUCAUAGAUGAUACAAUGCUUGCUUGCAUGGAUGCUGGCGAUAUGUCAACACCACUCGCAAUUCAUUUUAUUAUUGCAACAGCUAAAGCUUUGGGUCACAAUAUUGAAGAUCUGGUUAUUAAUUGUACAAGUUUGAGAAAACAGCACAAGGAAUAUCGUCGGCGUCUUGGUACAGAAAUUAUUGAGAAUUUCAAGAUCCCUGAUACAUUUGUGUUACACUGGGACGGUAAACUACGUCCUGCAAUGACUGGAAAGGAAAAAGUAGAACGCUUAGCUAUUGCUUUAAUGGCAGAUAAUAUAGAAAAAUUAAUUUCCAUACCAAUUAUUGAAUGUGGAACUGGUGAAGCAAUCGCCCAGUCCAUAUAUAAUUACUUAGAAAAAAUUAAUAUGAUAAAUUCGGUGGAAAUGGUAUGUUUUGACACGACAGGUAAACGUAACGGUGCUGGAACAAAAAUUGAAAAGUAGCUUGUUGUAGUUGCCAUGCAGGCAUCAUAUUGCAGAAAUCAUAUUACGAGGUGUAUUUGAAAUAUAUUUUGGAAAAUCUUGUGACCCGGAAGUUGCCAUAUUUGAACGUUUUUCGCGGGAAUGGAACACUUUCAAUUUAAAAGAUCUUUCAAUUGGAAUCAUAGAUGAAGAAGUGCAACGUGAUAUAAAUGCAGAGGAAUGUGAAGCCAAUAAAGAAUUUUGCAUCAAAAGUAUAGCAAAAGACCACAUUCGCCAUGAUUACAAAGAGCUAUUGCAACUCAUGUUUCUUUUCUUAGGUGGCAGCAUCCCGAACUUUUCCUUUCGUGCACCUGGCGCGACGUCACAUGCCAGGUUUAUGUCAAAAGCGAUAUAUGCCUUAAAAAUUUUUGCUUUGCAAAAACAAUUUACAAUGAUUUCCAGCCAUUUGAAUGGAUUCCGCAAUGUGUGUAUUUUCCUGCUGCGUCUUUAUAUUCCGUAUUGGUUUCGAACUACUAAUGCAGUCGAAGCACCAAAUUUGGAUUUGCAGCUGGUAAAAAACAUUGCCGGUUAUUACGACCCAAAAAUAUCUCUAGCCUUAUUAUAUAAAAUGAAGAACCACUUAUGGUAUCUGGCCGAGGAAGCCGUUGGUCUCGCCUUUUUCGAUUCUAAUGUGGACUUAAAUGUGAAAAGAAAGAUGGUUGAAGUACUAGCAUUAGAAAAAGAGUUUGAAAGCAAUGACAAUGGCGUUUAUUUGCAUAAAAAUGUAAAUGCCAGCAUUGAAGAAAUGAAAACAUUCAUAAGUAAAGAUUUAAAUUGUUUUGUAACGCAAAGAACUAGAAAUAUCUUUUUACGAUUGGAAAUAGACGUAAACUUUUUCAACUUAGAUCCCUCAAACUGGUGCGAAAAUGCAGAAUAUUUAAAAGGUGUUCAAAUCCUCAAAAACGUCACUGUUGUUAAUGAUUCUGCUGAGAGGAAAGUAAAACUAAUAACAGAUUUUAACCCGUCUUUAACUCAUAGCGAAGAAGAUGAACAAUACUUGCUUCAUAUUGUCGAGAACUACAGGCAAAAGUUCCCUUCGUAUACUAAAACUUCGCUUUUGUAAUAUUCUUGAGACA